UCUGCUGUUUUGGUGUGCAUUGAUGGUGGGAGCUGUUGCUUAGUCUGUUAAUUAAAAUUGAGUAGUAUUUUGAUUCCCGUUAGAAUUAUGAAAUUAUCAUUUAGUGACCACAGCUCUCUAAUUGAUGAGUUAAUAAAUUCUGGGAUUUUGCCUAUACUUGUUCAGUGCCUAAGACGGCAUGAUAACCCCUCUCUUCAGUUUGAAGCGGCUUGCACCCUAACAAAUAUUGCAUCAGGAACUACCGUGCAGACAACAGCAGUUGUAAAUACAGGCGCAGUCCCUAUAUUAUUGGAAUUACUUAAAUCACCUCAUCAAAAUGUAUGUGAACAAGCAGUUUGGGCUUUAGGUAACAUAAUUGGUGAUGGUCCAGUUUUUAGAGAUUAUGUGAUAAGGUUAGGAGUUGUUCCACCUCUAUUAUCAUUUAUCAAACCGGAUACUCCUGUACCAUUUUUAAGAAAUGUUACCUGGGUUAUUGUGAAUCUGUGUCGAAGCGAGGAUCCACUUCCUCCAGUUGAAACUAUGACAGAAUUGCUCCCAGCUCUUUGUAUGUUGAUACAUCAUACUGAUGUAAAUAUUCUAAUUGAUACUGUGUGGGCUUUAUAUUACUUAACAGAUGGUGGCAAUGACCGAAUUCAGAUGGUGAUAGACUCUCUAGUUGUGCCUCAACUUGUUCCAUUAUUAAGUCACAAAGAAGUGCUUCUUCAGACUGCUGCACUCCGUGCAGUUGGAAAUAUUGUUACUGGUACUGAUGAGCAGGCACAAGUGGUUUUGAACUGUGAUGCAUUAUCUCAUUUCCCUGCAUUGCUUAACCAUUCAAAAGAAAGAAUAAAUAAAGAAGCUGUUUGGUUUUUAUCUAAUAUAACAGCUGGUAACCAACACCAAGUUCAGGCUGUUAUUGAUGCUGGUUUAAUUCCUAUGAUCAUUCAUCAUUUGAGUAAAGGCGAAUUUCAAACACAGAGAGAAGCAGCAUGGGCUAUUGGCAAUGUAACCAUCAGUGGUACUAAAGCACAAGUAGCUUAUUUAAUCAGUCAGAAAGUCAUUCCACCCCUUUGUAACCUUCUUACAGUCCAUGAUCCUCAAGUAGUACAUGUUGUUUUGGAUGGUAUUAACAAUAUCCUAAAAUUAUCUGGUUUUCAGUUUUAUUCCAUUGCAAGCCAAAUUGAAGGAAAUGGAGGUGAUAUGUAUGUAGCUAAUGUAUCUUUUGCUCUGGUCAUAUUUAGUCUGGUCUUUUGCAUGUAUUUGGUCAUAAUUAAGAAGAAUACAUCAGAUUCAUGGUUUUAUGGACUAUCUCAUGGGUCUGGCAAAGUAUCUUGUAAAGCUGAUAAUUUCCUUUCUAAAUUAUGA